AUGGCAGCCAGAAUCCUGGGAAGCUUCUCCUGGACAGGAGGUUCGGGGACACAGACACGACCGGAAAGGGUAGGCAAGGCACCCGCAGAGGUGCAAGUGCAGGCGCCCUCCGGGAGAGGGGCGGUGCGGUGUCGGGUGGGCGGGCCGCUCGGUGGGCGGGGCGAGCCGUCUGCGCAGCUGCCGGAGCCUUUAAACCGGGCCUCGCGGGGUCGCACCGUGCUUUCGCCGCCCGGGAACGAACUGGCCGUUUCUUCCCCCCCUUCGUCUUCCUCUGCGCCCCGCGUCCCCGCCCUCGCGACCCCGGCUCUCCUGGAUUCAGCGCCGCCAUCCCGGGCGAUGCCCCGCUACGAGUUGGCUUUGAUUCUGAAAGCCAUGCGGCGGCCAGAGACUGCUGCUGCUUUGAAGCGUACACUAGAAUCCCUGAUGGACCGAGGGGCCAUAGUGAGGAACUUGGAAAACCUGGGUGAGCGCACACUCCCAUACAGGAUCUCCAGUCAUAGCCAGCAGCACAGCCGCGGAGGGUAUUUCUUGGUGGAUUUUUAUGCCCCAACGAGUGCUGUGGAAAACAUAUUGGAACACUUGGCGCGAGACAUUGAUGUGAUUAGGCCUAAUAUUGUGAAACACCCUCUGACUCAGGAAGUAAAAGAGUGUGACGGCAUAGUUCCAGUCCCACUUGAAGAAAAAUUGUAUUCAACAAAGAAGAGAAAGAAGUGAGAAGAUUCCCCAGACUUUGUAAUUCUAAGUGCACUGUGGGUGCUGCUGAUAGGUUAUUGUCUAGGAUGCUUUAGCACAUGACCAUUUUGCUCCAGGAGGUGGGAACUGCUGUCAAGUCCUGCCCUGCCAUCUCUGCGGAGAUUUCAUCUUCGUGUGAUCUGUCGGGCAUGGGGUGUCUACAGUCCCACUGCAGCAUUUCUAUAUGGAACACAGAACAGACUAAUAAACAUGACGUCAUCAA